GAGGCGGCAGGUCCCGGAGCUGUCACCCGCCAUGUGGGACCCCAGUGCAGGGCAGCCGCCCCCCCUCAACCCCGUGUACCCCCCGAACCCCACGUACCCCCCCCAGCCCCCACCCCCCAACCCCGCGUACCCCCCCAACCCCACGUACCCCCCCCACGGGGUACCCCCAAACCCGCUGGGGGGGCCUGGACAGCCCCCUUACCCCCCCGGGACCCCCCCGUACCCCCCGGGGGCUCCUCCGGUCCCUUCGGGGCCCUCCCUGUGCCCGCUGGGACCCGCGGGGUGCCCCCCCCUGCAGCCCCCCUACCCCGGGGUGCCCCCCCUGUACCCCCCCGGGCUGGACAAGAAGGCGGCGAAAAAGCUGAAGAAGAGGAUGAAGAAGGCUCACAAGAGGCAGAAGCGCUCUUCGUCCUCCUCCUCCUCCUCCUCCUCCAGCAGCGACUCCGACUGAGGCCACCGUCAACGUCCGGCUCCGGCCACGGCCACCUGGGACCAGCCGUGACCACCCGUGAUCACCCGUGUGCCCGUGACCACCCGGGUCCUCCCGCGACCCCCCCCUGUGUGCCCGUGACCACCCAUGACCACCCAUGUCCUCCCGUGACCACCCAGGCCCACCCAUGGCUCCCUGGGCGCUGUGACCAUCCGUGGCCAGACGUGACCACCUGGGAGGACCCAUGUCCACCUGUGUGAAGCCAUGACCACCCGUGUCCACCUGGGACCUCCCGUGUCCACCCAUGAUGACACGUGGUGAACCAGGACCACCCAUGUCCACCUGUGUGAAGCCAUGACCGCCCAUGUCCCCCUGGCACCUCACGUGAUGAUCCAUGACCAACCAGGACCACCCAUGACCACCCGUGUCCACCCAUGACCACCUGUGACCUGCCAUGUCCAUCCGUGACCAACAAACCAGGACCUCCUAUGACCUCCCGUGUCCAUCCAUGACCACCUGGAAGCACCCAUGGCCGUCUGUGACUUCCUAUGUCCAUCUACAACCAUGCAUGACCAACAAGGAUGACCCAUGACCACUCGUGGCCACCCAUGACCACCCAUGGCCACCUGGGACCUCCCAUGUCCCCCCAUGACCACCUGGAAUCACCCAUGACCGCACAUGUCCACCUGGGACCUCCCACGUCCAUCCAUGACCACCCAUGACCAACCAGGACGACCUAUGACCACCUGGAACCACCCAUGACCACCUGGGACCUUCCAUGUCCACCCAUGACCACCCAUGACCAACCAGGAUGACCCGUGACCACCUGGGACCUUCCAUGUCCACCCAUGACCACCCAGGACGACCCAUGACCACCUGGGACCUCCCAUGUCCAUCCAUAACCACCCAUGACCAACCAGGAUGACCCAUGACCACCUGAGACCUUCCAUGUCCACCUGUGACCACCACCUGGAACCACCCAUGACCGCCCAUGUCCACCUGGGACCUCCCAUGUCCAUCCAUGACCACCCAUGACCACCCAGGAUGACCCAUGACCACCUGGGACCUCCCACAUCCAUCCAUGACCACCCAUGACCAACCAGGACAACCCGUGACCACCUGGGACCUUCCAUGUCCACCUGUGACCACCACCUGGAACCACCCAUGACUGCCCAUGUCCACCUGGGACCUCCCACAUCCAUCCAUGACCACCCAUGACCACCCAGGAUGACCCAUGACCACCUGGGACCUCCCAUGUCCAUCCAUGACCACCCAUGACCAACCAGGAUGACCCAUGACCACCUGGGACCUUCCAUGUCCACCUGUGACCACCACCUGGAACCACCCAUGACUGCCCAUGUCCACCUGGGACGUCCCACGUCCAUCCAUGACCACCCGCGACCAGCCAUGUCCACCUGGAACCACCUGAGAGCUCCCGUGACCACCCGUGUCCCCCCAUGUCCCCUGUGGCCGGGGGGGGGUGGCCCUGGGUGCUGCCGGGGUUGGGGGGGAGUCGCCGGGUUCUGGGGUGCCCCCGCUGCCCCCCAAUAAAGCCCUGGG